CAUAUGUUUCUCAGUUUCCAACCCUUAGAUAUAAUAACUUAGUAACUUAUAUUAAAUUAUAUAUAAGUUAAUCUAUUGUAAGUAUUUUCUUCAAGUUUCUCACAGUAUUAACCGCUACUGAAUACCCACUUUCAGAGAUAUUCGUAGCUUAACUGUAGAGAAAGCUUGUAGAGACAAAAUCCACUAAGUUAUCGAGAUUCGAUGGAGGCUAAUGCAGAGAACUGGCUUGCUUGAUUAUCAAACCUAUGCCUCUAGAGAGCUCAACGCUCCAAUAUCAACCGACCACUACAAUGACGCGACAAGGAUUUGAACGCGUUAAAUACGCGCACAAACUGCGGACUAUUCUAUACCGACGCGUCGAUGCAAAUUAUGCUUUGUCGCCUCUCUUCGUCGCCAUGACUGCCAUCAGAGCUAUUUCAUGAGAAUACUGCAGUUCUAGAAACGGUUCUAAAGGUCUCCCAAAUUGCGCACACGAUUCGACAUGAGCGCCGAAUCAUCUUUACUCGCGGCAGAUAUAGCACGCGAGGAAUUUAGCUCACCAGCACCAGAGUCCUACAUCUCCACCGCGGAUGAGGACCGUUCGUGGCAGUUAGCGUCGUCUUCGCCCUCCUUUGUCCCGCUAUCAUCAUUCCCAGUCCAACGGCCGAAAAAACGCAGGCUUCGCGCUCCAGAUACGUGGAAGUACUUUCGCCUGCCUCGAGGAGACGAAGAUACACAUCAGAAUAGCCAGAGGUUGUGGUAUUGCGAUCGAUGUCAAACUCCGCCGUGGCGUACAGUAUCAACUACUAGUGCCAAAAGGCAUAUGCGGAACUGCCACGGCGUUUAUAUUGACGAUGAAGACCGACCUUCCAAGAGGGCUCUCCAGCAGUCUCUUGAGGUGGCAUUCUCGCGGGCGAAAGACCAGAAGCAGGCCGCAGUCUCGCAGGACGAACAGGCAGUCCUACGGAACACAAUCGAGCUCGAUGCAUUCUUCGAAGCACAAAUUCAGUUGAUCACACGCCGCCGUCUACCUCUGAACUAUGUGUCUUGGCCAGAGUACCAGGCCUUACUCUAUGCUGUCAACCCUAGGGCCGAUGAGAUCCUCAUCCAAUCGGGCAACACCGCGUUGGCCCAUAUUGAACAGUCAUAUAGGAUACAUCGCGAGAACAUCGGUAUGCAGCUGCGGUCGGCUAGAUCGCAAAUCCACUUUAGUAUUGAUCUUUGGUCAUCGCCUCAUCGUAAGGCCUUCUUGGGAAUCUGCGGUCAGUGGGUUGACGAGGAAUACCAGCUCCGGGAGGCCCUGCUGGGUCUGCCAAACGUGCAAGAGAACCAUUCAGGCGAGACGAUGGCGCGACAUCUGCUCGACACUAUCAGGCAUUUCGAUAUAGCUAGUAACGUUGGCUACUUCACUUCGGACAACGCUACAGCUAAUGAUGCUUGCAUGCGGGCACUAUCGCUGGGGUUGGCGAACGAGUUUAACGUAAGUAUAGACCCUAUCGAGCGUCGAAUCCGAUGUGGCGGCCACAUUAUCAACCUCUGCCUUCAAGCGUUCCUCUUCGCCUCCAGCAAGGAAGCGCUAAAAGCGGCAAUCGAAGAGGCCGAUGUGAACGCCGAUAUUACGGUUAUCGAGGCCUUACAGGCGCAGCUCCGACGUAAAACAAAUACCAAGCAAGCGACUACGACAGGGGCACAAGCUGGGUGGCGAUCGAUGGGUCCCUUGGGCAAGCUACAUAACAUUGCGGUGUUCAUCCGCAGCUCGACAGUACGCAGCGAUGCAUGGCAUAUUUUGGCUGGAUGCACAUUUGGGAUUGAUAAUGCUACGAGAUGGAACUCAUGGUAUUCGCUUCUUCGAAUGGCGUUGGAGAAGAAGGAUAAGCUUAUGGUAUUUCAGCAAGAACAUCAUAAGGCCCUGGGCGGAGACAGCCUAACUCAGGACGACUGGGAUGUUAAUACUACAUUUCGCGACUGUGUUUCGAACGAGCGCAAACUAAUCCUGAAUGAGUUUUGGGUCUUCGUAUUUAGCUCUCUGGUAAUUAUAUUUACGUGUAAAAUAUGUCUUGAGCUUUGGUUGUCGUCGGACGAAGUUAUUCGGCUAACGUUGUGUAACAUGCGUCGCCCUACGCGUUGUGAGAAGGCGAUUUGCUAUAUCUCUCACGAUAGAUAAGCGGGGAGGAAACCUUUUGGUAGAUAGGUCAAGAAUACGUUUAACAACCGCA